ACGUGUCGCUCUUCGUGUUUGGCUCUACUACUUUUACAGAGGAAGUCGAGAAAGCUCUAUAAUAAGUACCUCGGAAACCUCUCCCACCUCGUCGCUCUCCGUAACCUCGACUCGUUUCGUCUCGAAUCUUCACCUCCGAUCGCCAUGGCUAAGAUCAAGAUCGGCAUCAACGGUUUUGGGAGGAUCGGGAGGUUGGUUGCUAGAGUCGCGCUCCAGAGCGAUGAUGUGGAGCUCGUGGCCGUCAAUGAUCCCUUCAUCUCCACUGACUACAUGACAUAUAUGUUCAAAUAUGAUACGGUGCACGGGAAAUGGAAGCAUCAUGAGAUCAAAGUGAAGGACACUAAGACUCUUCUUUUUGGCGAGAAACAAGUUACCGUCUUUGGCAUCAGGAACCCUGAAGAGAUCCCUUGGGGUGAGACUGGAGCUGAAUAUGUUGUAGAAUCCACAGGUGUCUUUACGGACAAGGACAAGGCUGCUGCUCACCUGAAGGGUGGUGCGAAAAAAGUCAUUAUCUCUGCUCCAAGCAAAGAUGCACCUAUGUUUGUGGUAGGAGUGAAUGAGCAUACAUACAAGCCUGACAUCGACAUUGUCUCCAAUGCUAGCUGUACCACCAACUGUCUUGCUCCUCUAGCCAAGGUCAUCCAUGAUAGAUUUGGAAUUGUCGAGGGAUUGAUGACCACUGUGCAUUCUAUCACUGCCACUCAAAAGACUGUUGAUGGACCAUCUAGCAAGGAUUGGAGGGGUGGACGAGCAGCAAGCUUUAACAUCAUUCCCAGCAGCACUGGUGCUGCAAAGGCUGUAGGUAAAGUGCUCCCUGCUUUGAACGGGAAAUUAACUGGUAUGGCCUUCCGCGUUCCAACGGUGGAUGUUUCUGUUGUGGAUCUCACCGUCAGGCUUGAGAAAGCUGCUUCUUAUGAGCAGAUUAAGGUUGCCAUUAAGGAAGAGUCUGAGGGGAAACUCAAGGGAAUCUUGGGUUAUGUAGAAGAGGACUUGGUCUCCACUGACUUUGUGGGUGAUAGCAGGUCAAGCAUUUUUGAUGCCAAGGCUGGAAUUGCUUUAAAUGAGAAUUUUGUUAAGGUUGUGGCGUGGUAUGACAAUGAAUGGGGCUACAGCUCUCGUGUUGUUGACCUGAUCCGUCAUAUGGCUUGCACUAAGUAAAUUAUGGCUUGUUGCUGUUUGUAUCCUUCCUUUGCUACUUGUAGCUGAUGGUGAAUAAAUGUUUCAUGAAAGGCGUCGACUUUCCUAUUAUCUUUCCACUUUGUUGGGAAUCAGAUACCAUCAUUAUAUGUAAGAUGAUAAUUAUUCAGCUGCAUAUGAAUAUGAAAGAGCUUUGUUUUGUGCAACAAGUCAUUAAAAUAAUCAUAAUUAAUAUU